UCACUCAUACGUUUGAUUCUUUCUUGUGACAAGGGAACUCCCGAACUCACGGAAAACUUUAUGGCACGCGCUGGCACCACUCAAUGCUAAGGUCACCAACUCGCGAGAAUGGGCAACGUACUUCCCCAUGGAGGGAUGCCCCAUUUUGGUAUUUAUAAGGCGAGGCUCAGGAGUUACCAGCAUCACAGUUUUCACUGACACAGCCAACAUGAAGACCUGUACACUCCUCGUCCAUCCCCUCCUGAUGGUGGGGAUGCUGGCGGUUUCCUUGGCCGCGGGUGUCACUCUUCAGGACACACACAGACUGCAGGACACCUAUUUGGAGGAGCAGCUGCAGGCGUAUCUAGAGACCAAUCCUUCUGUGUUGCUUGACCUGUACCCAGACCUUCUGCGUGAAGCCUCCCAGGUGUUGGUGGUCGUUGAUCCCGAAACGGUGGUGGAGAUGCUGAGGAAGCAAUAUGCGGCGGCAGCGCCGGAGGCCCAAACGGAAAAGGAGGAGAUGAAGGAGGAGGAGGAGACGGAGACACAUGAUGGAAAGCAGGAGGAUCAAAAGGACGAGCACGACCGCAGAAAGAGACAGGCCACCUUUGGCUUUGGGAUGAACCGCGGGCCCUACGGAAGGAACUACCAAGCAAAUGUUGGCUACCAGCGUCGUUUCAACAGCGGCAGGUCAUCCUUCGGCGUGCACGGCCACAAGAACUGGGGCGCCAGCGGGAGGUCCCAUGGGUUCGGGAUCACCUUUUUGCACAGAUUCCGUCGCUAGAGGGCGUCGCGGUCAUCACACAGGCAGCCUCAGACCGCCGCAGCAGAGAAUUCCUCACACUGGUUGUCAUGCCGCCAGUCUUGAGAGGCAUGCUAGCUUUAUACCAAAUACAACACACGAUCUUCUGAAAAUGUGUCGCACUGUUUUUUUUGGGGGAAUUAUCUAAAUAAAUACCUAUAUUUGUACCAUUCUCAUUGUUCGGGUCUAUAUUCUAGAGGAGUUGUUCCGAAUUUUUGUCAUUACAUAAUCCAUUUACUGA